AUGGAGUGGACCCCAACUCUUAGAAGAGAACAAAUUUCAAUGUUUGAGCACAUUAAAAGUGGAUUAAUAACAGGUCCUACUCUAGAAAACGAUAGGUUUCUGUGGGAUAGUAAUGUCCCGUUUUUUGAAACCAGAAAUGAAAUUCUUCAGCUUAUAUCCGAAAUAUACAGAUAUAACUUUGAUUCCGAUGAAUUUUCUCUAAUGGUAAAGGAGGUUAUAAAUAGGUUAGAAGAACUUAAGGAUAAAAUUUCUUUCAAUGCAUGCCAAUCCGAAUACGAUGCAUCACAUAUUUAUUCCUUGAGAAAUAUAAGGUCCAAAAGUAGUGCAGUCAAUGAUGUGAAAGCAAUGCUAGAAAUAUUUCUUCAAUAUUCUUCAGUUAUAUUUGAUGCCAGUUUAUCACAAGAAAAAAAGAAUAAACAUGUGCUUAGUGGCCUAACAGGCUUGAUAAGAGUCUUAAAGAGAUACAAUAACAAAAAGGUUGAAAACAUAAAGAUACCUAUAUCUUUUGUGUCUGCUAAAAAUAUCCCACAUGACACAUAUACUGCAUUUAAUUCAAUAAGAACCCAAGUUUUUGAAUUAUUAAUGGAUAUCCAGUUUGAUUUAACAUACAACGAAAAUCAUUAUUUCUGUUUCAAAAAGGUGGAAGAAAUAUUCAGAGAAAACUUGGAGAAGUUUGAAUAUAACCCAAAUGAAUUCAUUGAAAGCGAUGUAAAAAAUGAUUUCAAUCCAAUUUUUCAUCCAUUAACAAAAUUGUUUCACGAAAUCGGUGUAUUACCAAACGAGGUUAAGGACGAAGAUUAUAUAGAUGUUCAUAUAGAUACACAAGGUGUAACUUUUGUGCCCUUAAUUUCAAAACAAAAGUGCUUAAACCUCAUGAAAACUGUUUACGACGCAUCCAUAAUUGUAAACUAUAUCAUAGAGAGAAUGUUAAUAGCCAAUUCUGUUGAAAUGAAAAUUUUGAUAUCAAGAGGUGCACGGAUUGGAACAGAAAUAGUGCAAAUACAUAAGGAAACCCUUGUAAGUAUUCUCUAUGAUAUUGAACUGAAUGACAAACUAUUUGAAAACGCUGAAGAAAUAAAGGUUGAAGUUCCCACAGACCAAGAAGAAAAAAGGUAUAAAAAUAUAGUAUUCUCGAGCAAAACUAUUGAAAUUCCAAAAAAGAUAUUUGAUAGUGAAUUAUCUUCAUAUUAUUCAGAUCCUGAAAUCAUUCCUAAAUUUGUAAAUUUUGAGAAUAAACUAGAAUCAACUUUUAAAGACCUUGAAAGUUCAAAACCCAUAGUCCCUAGAUGUGAAACAAAAAAAAGACCCAUAGGUAUAACACGCCAAGCCUUCUUGGAUCUCGUAAACAAGUUUGAAAAGAAUAAAACAAGAGUGAAAGAUGUCAAAGUAGGUACAAAGUCUACAAAAUCAAAAGAGAAAUCAGCAGUAAAGUAUCCAAAGAUUCAGCUAGUAAAGCUAAUACACAAAUUACACUUAUUUAAAAAAGAAUUAGGUUCAUCCGAAAACGCCAUAAUCUGGGCGAAAACUGUUACACGCAAAUUACUAUACGAAACAACCCGUGAUGCAUUCAAUUCUGGAAUUACUGAACCAUUAGAUAUAAACAAUGAAAAAGUCGAACACAUAGUUAAAAGAAUGGAUUCAUUCGACAUUAGUACAAGGUAUUCUCGAGAGAGUUUGAUUAAAUAUCUCAUAAAUGUCAUUCAAAAAACCACAGACAAAAUCAGAGAAAAUAUACAAAUAAACAAGAGCGCUAUUUUGUCUCUCCCUACUCAAAAACUUAUUCACGAGUUGUACAUGGAAAUGGAGUGCUUUAACAGAGACGUUUAUAACAAUGAUGAAAUAGAAAAAUGUGCAAAAUGCCAAGUAAUAAGUACUGAACGAGCCUCUACUGGCAAUUAUAACAAUAUAGUAAAAAAGGUGAAUGAAAAGAACACAAAGGAAAUAGAAUCUAAUGAACAAGUUUCAGAGAAAAAUGAACUUGAAGAACAAAGUUACAGAAGUAAAAAGACAAUGUUUGAAGAAAACAUAUUUAAAAAUAGUGAAUAUGAUGAAAAAGACUAUGAAAGUAGCGACGAGGAAUCCAUAAUAUGUCCGGCAGUUCCUCGUAAAGCAAAUCAAAACAUUGAAGAAUGUGAAAAAACGUUUGUUACAAAAACAUCUUGCGAAAAGGAUCUGUAUACUUACCACGAUUAUACUAUGGAAAACUAUACAAGGGAUGAAUUUGCAGAACAUGAUAGAAUAUUGGCAGAAAUACUCGAUGAAAUGAGUGAUUGUACAUAUGAUCCAUUUGCCUAUCUUUUCUCCGGGGAAAGGUGUCAACCAAAAAAGAAUGGUGAUGUAAAUGAAAUAAACGUAGAGCUGGAUGUACACUCCAGAAGGUCUACAAGUGCAGAAUUAAUUGUAUCUGAACCACAAGUCCAAAAGGUAGAAGUGCAUGGGUUUGAUAGUGAUAUAGAAGACAAGUCCCAAGAGGAAGAAAUAGAAUGUGAAAUCGUAAAGCAUAUGAUAACAGAUUUUAUACCUUGGACAUUUGAAUAUAUUUUGGGAGUAGAACCAAAAGACAAUCUUGUAGAACUUUGCAUGCAGAACCAGAAAUUUCAUAAACUUUAUAGGAUCUUAGUCUUAUCAGAGUAUCAGAGAUUAUCCACAAGUGGAGAUGAAAUAAAGUGCUGCUAUGAACCACCUCAGUGGUACAAGGAUAUUAGAGAGAAUCAUCAAAAUACAUACAGCAAACUAUUGGCUAUCUUGGAAGAUACCUCAAACUAUUCAAUAUAUCCAAGUGGCUCUGAUUCUGAGUAUUAUGAAUCAUUAGCUUUUCAUUUGAGUCCAGAAGAUCUAAAAGUAUAUGAAGAAGAUACAUACUAUGAUAAUAGCACAAUACAGCCAUGUGGAGUAGAUGGUGAAGAUGUCAUAGAUUGCUCAAAAUUAGGUAGUGACAGAAGUAAAACAUUUCGAUCAGAAUAUAUUGAUGGUAGAGAUCCAGAUUUCGAAGAAAUUUACAAGUUUUCCAUAGCAUCAACACAUAAAAAAUUACAAAUGUUGAUAGAAUGUGCAGAAAAAAUCCAAAGAGAGAAAGCUCGUAAAUUAGAUGAUACAGAAAACCAAAGUGUAGAGUUAGAUUCUAUAUCCAACCUUAUUUAUGAGCCCCUCAAAACAAUCGAAGAGGAAUCCAUGGAAGAUUUUUCUUCUGAAGGAAGUCUAAUGUCUGAAUCAGAAGCAAUAAAUAUUGAUCCGAUUGAUAAGAGCGUUUCUUACCAAGAAAGAAAUGAUAUUUUUGAUUCAAAAUAUGAACCAGAAAAUACUAUAGAUAUAGGUGAUCCUCAAAAAUCAAAUUUGGUUGGCCUUAUUGAAAAUAAUAUUGAAUGCGUUGAUCAUUCCAAUAAAGAUAAAAGAAAAGAGGAUAACACCUACAAGCUAGAGCUAGAACCGUGUACUAAGUCUGAAGGGAUAAAAUCUGAUAUAGAACCGGUUGAAGAAUAUUUACAAGAAUCAGGGAUAGCUGUUAAUUUUGAUAAAACGCAACAUUCUUCAGAGAUCGUGCCAAAUGAUACAAAAGAAAGUGGUCCUAGUACAGAAAUUAUAGAAACUCCAGAGGAUGAAUCUAUAGAAAGCAUUAAAUCGCUAAGUUCAGAGAAUCCCAUGCCAAAUAUACAAUACAUUGAACUUCCAUACGAAUUUUAUACAGGCAAUGGAUUAAUAAGUUUCCAAUACCAACAAUAUUCACCAGAGCUAAUAGGAGACAAUAAGGUAGUGGACCAAAACCCGUCCUUCUAUCCCACGCAUCCCCCAAAUAUCGUAUGCACCCGCACAAUGCCACCACUAAAUUAUGUUUAUCCAAAAAACAGUCAGUAUGAUAAAGUGUUAGUGAUGCUCGGAUAUAUAACAAAAAAUGGGUUUUCCUUGGCCGGUAAUUUAGCCCUCUUAAAAAUAAAAUUCUGUGGAUAUAAACAAUGUCUAAAGUUAAUCAGUAUAGAUGGUGAUCUAGAUUCAAACCUAACUUUGGGAGUUGUAGACGAUGAACUUGAGAAGAUCCAUAACGAACAUACAUAUGUACCUGAUGCAAUAUCCGAAUUCCGAGUUACUGUAAAUUAUCCUCAUAUGGUAUGGUCUCUAUGUCCCAAACGUAUCUUUAUAACAUUAUUGGAGGAUAAAAGUGCAAUUUACCUACCCGUCAUGCCAAACACCAAGUUCAAAAACGAAAUAGAUGUGUUAAAUGGCAUGGAAAACGUAGAACCAGACGUGAAGGAAUAUAUAUUAAAUGGUCUCCUAAAACCCCUAAAUUUUGCAGUUAACCCAAUUGAUAUGCCAGAAAGUGUGAAAAGGGGGGAAAUAAGCAACAAACUUAUCCAAAAAUUUUGUAGAACACUUGUAGGAUUUAUUAAACAUAUAACCUGUGUUUCUCCUCCGGAUGUCGAGUUUAUUGAUAAAUGUAUUAAUGAACCGGGAUAUUACGAUUCUGACCACUUGAAAUCCUGGGUUUCAAGUGCACUUUUAUCCAUUACGAAGUGUAUGAAACAUAGUAUGUUCACAGUCCAACCAUAUAUGUCAUUCUACUACAAUAAUGACUACAAACAUAAGCCAUUCACCGCUAUAUUCAACGCCAGACAUAUGGAGGAACUUCUAAGGACGAAUGAAGCGUAUUACGCCCAUCCAUAUUUCAAACUUGAGAAUAAAACAACAAAGAAGGAUAAUAUUUACUAUCAAUUUAGCGAUUUUGAAGAAAAUAACGUAAUUAAUAUUAUGAUUGAUAAACCAAAUGAAUCCUCUAAACAGGAUGAUCCAAAGAGAGAACAGACCAAAAACAAAAUUUAUAAAAAAUCUGAGCACAAGAAAAAUGUAUACAAGCCAUAUGAACCAAAGAUAACAGGUAAUAUACAAAAAAGGUAUAAGCAUCCAACAGAAUUCCAAAAUCCUAGUGAUUUUUUAAACCUCUACGGAGAUCCAUUAUGUUCUACAUUAUUAAAUCCUCCAACUAAUAUGGAUAUAAAUGUAAAUGGUAACUGGGAAUGUAUAAAUUGCAAAAAUAUCAAUUUUCCCAGAAGAACACGUUGUAACAGGUGUCAUGAAAUCAGGGAUCAUGACGGUGAUAAAGUUGUAUUAAAUUAUGCUCUGGAAUUAUAUCAACAGUACACUGACGAAAUAGAUCCUAACACAAGUGUUUUAAGAGAAAUAAAUCAACUUUGUGAUGAGGAAAAAGUGAUAAACUCACCAAAUUCUGAAAGAGGAAUUAAACCAUCAGCAGCAAAUAGUAAAAAGGUACUAUCCUUUAGCAAAUCGCCAUCAUUUGCAGAAAUAACAAGGAUGAACAGAGAUAAUGUGCGUGUGAUUGGGGUAUUCAGUGGUACCCAUGGAAGAACAAAAGGGGAGAUAGAUUUCUAUCCAAACAAAAGGUUUCAAAAAGCGAAUCUUUGUAGUAAUAGUGUCGGAAUAGGUGUCUACAACAUAAGACACGAGCCUGUUCGAAUUAAAGAUGCAAGAUUUGUCGAAGCAGCACCUUGGAGAAUAAUUAAUAAUAAGACACCUAGAGAAGGUAGUUAUAGAGAAAGUAGGUCUAGCAAGAGAGAACCUAGACAAAACAGAGAAAAACACAACAAUAGUAAAAAUAACCGUCGAAAAGAAUAUGAAGGUAUAAAAAACGAUUUUACGAUUUAA